UUGUUUUUAUUAUUCAACUGAGAAAUGAUCAUACCGGUCUGGUAUAUUCUCUUCUAACACUAUGAAUUUGAUAGUCUCCACUCUAUAUCUUUGUGUGUAUCGUUGGACGUAAAAGCACUCAGAGACCUUGCCGCUUGAAGUCACUAACUAGACAAGAGAGACAGAGAACGCAAGGACAAAGAAAGCUCAGUAGGUUAGCAGAGAAGUAUCUUCUCUGCAGGUCUGCCAUGGUUGGCUGGUUCCAAAUGGAAUGAUGGAUGGGAUUUGGGGAGGGUAUUGGCCUCUCUGAAUUCCAAAUACUUCCCUUUUCUUGGGUGGCCACUGUCUGUGAUCAGCUUCUUUGGCGAAGAAAGAACGGGACGGGAGAAGAGAAAAAGAACGACGUAAAGCUAUUGAUCCAGCUCUGGGUCGAGCUUCUUUGAUCACUUCGUUCUCUAGGCUGGGAAUUCAAGCUUCUUUGAGUCUGCAGUUUGCUCGACUGUAUUUACAGUUGGAUUGGUUACCAUUAGAACAGGUUUGGCAGCAGAGUUGAGUGAAUUCAGCAUCUCUUUCAACUCUUAUCUAGUCAAGGUUGUUAAGAUUUCCACUUGUGAACCUUCAAGUUAUUUUGGUGGCUUGGCUGUAACGUGGCUCGAAUCAAACUGGAUAUGUUCUCUAUUGGUUGAGAGAAUGCUUUUCUUUGGGCAAAUCUCCUUUGGCAUUAAAGUGUUUUGGUGUUUUUGAGGGCACAUCUCCUAUGUUGAGAAGCUAUAGAGAACUUUAACUGUUGAUGCAAUAAAUCUCAGGAGCAGUAGAUUAUUGAUCUUUCAAGAAAGAUCUUUGGCAGUACAUGAGUACUUGAGAACACUAAAACUUCAGUUGGAAUUAUUUUUCUCAGGGAAUUUGAUAACAAACUUAAAAGAUUCAGAUCUGUUGGGCAAAUCCCCUUUGGAAGUGAUAACUUUUUAAAGCAAGUUUAUCUGUUAUUGGGCAGAUCUCCUUUGGCAUUUAUUCUUGUGGUACUUCAUUCCAGUACCUGCACAAACAUCCUUCAGCAGUCAGUCCUUAUGUCCACAUAGCUAGGGGUGUUGGGCAAAUCUCCUUUGGCAACUAGACCUGGUGGAAACUUUAUCCCUGAUUGUUCAGAAAAACGUGGGCAACUGUCCUAGUGGAAAAUCUCCUUUUGGUAGUUGUUUCUUGAAUAUUUAACAGCAGCUGUUUGGAGAAUCUCCAUUUGCAGCUAAUCCUUGUGGAGAUCUCUGGUUGCUGGGCAAAUCUUCUUUGGCACUUGGAAUUUUCAAAACGAGGUUUUCUGUAGUGCACUACUGUUACUAUUUCUCAUUUGAUGUUGAAGUUGAAUACCAACUACAGAUCCCUAUUGCAGUCUAUACAAUACAAUAUCUGAAAGAUUGGGCUUCAGGUGUUGCUGUUUAAAUUUCUUCAACAGUAAAUUUGAAGGCAUCUAAAAGAUGGAAAUUCUCCUUAGUGAGUCGGAUUGUGAAAGCUUCAGUGAGAGUAGUGGCAGUGAUUAUCAAGAUGACAUUGAAUCCAUGUAUGGUGGGAAGGCUCAGAGCAUUUUAUCAAACCUGGAGGAGAGCAUUGAAAAGAUUGAUGAUUUCCUUGCAUUUGAAAGAGGAUUUUUACAUGGGGACAUUGUAUGCUCAGCAACCGAUCCGUCUGGGCAGAUGGGAAGAGUGAUGGAUGUGGAUAUGGUUGUGGAUUUAGAAACUGUUUGUGGUGAAGUUAUAAAAAAUGUAAACAGUAAGAACCUUCUAAGGAUCUGCUCUUUCUCAUCGGGAGACUAUGUAGUUCAUGGGCCAUGGCUUGGAAGAGUUCACAAAGUAGUUGAUCGGGUCACUAUUGUAUUUGAUGAUGGGGCAAAAUGCGAGUUAACUGCAGCUGGUCCAGAAACUCUCCUACCUAUGUCUUCCAACUUGCUUGAUGAUGCACAGUAUCCUUAUUAUCCUGGUCAAAAUGUCCGUGCUAGCUCUUCCACUAUUUUCAAGACAGCAAAGUGGCUGUCUGGUGUAUGGAAGGAAAACCGGUAUGAAGGUACUGUGUGUCAUGUGGAAGCAGGAUUGGUAUAUGUUGAUUGGGUUGCAUCUGCUAUUGUCGGUUAUGACAUGAAUCUCCCUGCUCCUUCUUGUCAGCAGGAUUCGAAGGACCUAACUUUAUUGUCCUGCUUUCCUUAUGCUAAUUGGCAGCUGGGUGAUUGGUGUUUACUUCCAGUUGAUGAUCAGAGGGGUACUCAGGAGCAGGUUUUUCUUAAUUUUGAUAUUCAAAGUCUUACCAACUGGAGGAAAAGAUUACAACAACAACAAAUUGAUCUCAAUCUCUGUUUUCAAGAAAUGUAUGUUAUCGUGAAGAUAAAAACUAAAGUUGAUGUCCUAUGGCAGGAUGGUAGCCACUCAAUUGGCUUAGAUUCACAGUCCUUGUUCCCAGUAAACAGUGUUGGUGAUCAUGAAUUUUGGCCUGAACAACUUGUUCUUGAGAAGUGCACCAAUGAUGAUUUACAUGUUUCUAGUGGCCAAAGAUUGGGUAUUGUGAAAAGUGUGGAUGCAAAGGAACGGACUGUGAAUGUAAAAUGGAGAACUCCAUUUGUUCAAGCAAUUGACUUGGGCAUAGAGUGUGUUGAGGAAACUGUGAGUGCAUAUGAACUGAUUGAGCAUCCUGAUUGCUCUUAUUCCCACGGGGAUGUUGUUUUCAAAUUUAAAAAGAAUAAUAUUCAAGCUGAAGGCAUGAAUGAAAACCAUGACAAUCACCUGAAAACUGACAUGGAAAAGUGUUCUUUUCAGCUGUCAGGAGAGAGCCAUCUUAAAAGUAAGGACAAUAUAGAGGAUUGUGACCACUUCACUAAUAAUUGUUAUCUAUCCUGCAUAGGAAUAGUUACUGGGUUUUUCAAUGGAAGCAUUGAAGUGAGGUGGGCCAAUGGUCUUACAUCUAAGGUUGGGCCUUAUGAAAUUGUUGGAAUUGAAAAAUCUGAGGAAUCAGAAUCAGCUGCAACUCAUGUGCCAUAUGAUGGAGCUAUUGAGGAUAGUUUGAGUAAAGGCAUGCUUGAUCAUGGCAAACAAUCUUCGGAAUUGAAAGAAAAGGUACUAUUCAUGCAGGUGCCAGAGAAGGCUUUUGAAGCUGUUGGUGAAGAAUGCAAGAAAGAUAUAUUUGAAACUAGUGUCUUUUCUUUUCCGCGAGCUGCUAUUGGGUUUUUCUCAAAUGUUGCUGCAAGUUUAUUUGGUUCCUGUGGUUCCAUUUCACUUUCAGGCUCAAUGAAUUCCAGUCAUUUUGGUGGUCUCAUUGGAAAAUGCAAACCUGAUCUCAACAGGACACCUUUAGAAAACAUGGCCAAAUCAGGAUCUCUCCAUGAGAAAGAAGAGCUUAAAUAUUGCAAUGUGAACAUUGAGGGACGACCUUCAGUUGUGGACGAUCUUCUGAAAUUUAGAGAGACAAAUUUGAAACAGAAGAUAGAAAAGGAUCAAGGGGAAAAAGGGUUAAUUCAAUCAGGCAGUGAGAAUUUGGUACUUUUUAAGCAAUUUGAUAUUGUAAGUAAUUGCAAAGACCACCAUUUUGUCAAUGGUUCUGGAAAGGAAUUGAUAUUGUCUCAGAUGAAAAAAUGUUGGUUGAGAAAGGUACAGCAAGAGUGGAGCAUUCUAGAGAAAGAUCUUCCUGAUACAAUCUAUGUUCGCAUUUAUGAAGAAAGGAUGGAUCUUUUGAGGGCGGCCAUUGUUGGGGCACCUGGAACUCCAUAUCAUGAUGGCCUCUUCUUCUUUGACUUUUUCCUUCCUCCAGAUUAUCCCCAUGAACCACCUUUGGUGCACUACAAUUCUGGAGGGCUUCGUCUCAACCCAAAUCUGUAUGAGUCAGGAAGGAUCUGUCUCAGUCUCCUCAAGACAUGGACAGGCACAGGCACAGAAGUAUGGAAUCCAGUAAACUCCACCAUUCUUCAGGUCCUCCUUUCCCUCCAGGCACUUGUACUUAAUGAGAAGCCAUACUUCAAUGAGGCGGGAUAUGAUAAACAUAUAGGAAGAGCUGAGGGAGAGAAAAAUUCUGUUACAUAUAAUGAGAAUGCUUUCCUUCUCUCUUGCAAGUCCAUGCUAUACGUUCUACGAAACCCACCCAUGCAUUUUGAGGCCCUGGUGGAAGAGCACUUCCGAAGUCGCUCACGCUCCAUUCUCCUCGCUUGCAAGGAAUAUAUGGAAGGUUGCCCAGUUGGCUGUGCAUUUGGACGUGGAGUGGCUGAGCAAGAAACUCAAAGGCGCAGUUCCACAGGUUUCAGGAUCAUGCUAGCAAAGAUUUUCCCCCAACUUGUUAAGAGUUUUACAAACAAGGGAUUCGAUUGCAGCCAAUUCAUUGAUCCAGGGAAUGGUGUGGAAAAAUAAGUAUGUAAUCAUUAAGGUACUUGUCGUAGACAUAUCUAAGAUGCUAAAGGUUGUACUUUCUGUACUCGUGUACCUUAGUUCCAAAAGAAUUCUGGAAAAAAGAGAGAGAAAAGAAGUUAUGCAUGGUUGACAAAGAAUAAAGAUAGCUGUUAUGUCUCUGCCCACUCAACCAGCAAAGAAAAAUGUAUUCAUUUUUAUUACUGAGGUUUGUUGCAUACUUGCAUAUGCUGAAUUAAUUAAGUAAAUAACCAAGAAGAACAUGGUGAUGUAACUGUGUUGCAUAAUGGUCUGUUGAUUACUUUAUGGGUGUUGAGGGACGAUUAUUUAACUCAACGGGAGAUGUAACUAUGUUGCUUGAUGGCUUGUUAGUAGAUUAAUGAUAUUAUUUUGGA